AUGGCUGCCGUGCUGGCGGGACUGGAGCCAUGGAACCGCGUAAAGAUCCCCAAAGCAGGGAGCCACACGUCAGUGACAGUACAGAACCCUGUCGCGGCCCUUGACCUUUGCAUUGCAGCUGUUGUUAAAGAAUGCAGCCUCGUCACACUGUCACUGAAGACCCCAGCAUUAGAUGCAGAAACAGAUGUGUUAUGUGCCCUCAUGUACAGCAAUCACAACAGAAUGGGGCACCACAAGCCACAUCUAGCUCUCAAACAGGUUGAACAAUGUUUAAAACGUUUGAAAAACAUGAAUUUGGAGGGCUCAAUUAAAGAUCUUUCUGAGUUGUUUUCUUCCAAUGAAAGUCAGCCUGUAACUACCAAAAAAUGUAUCAUCAUCCCCAGUCAACCACUGGUAGAAUUGGUGUUGAUGAAGGUUUUGGGAGCCUGUAAGUUACUACUCCGCUUGUUGGACUGCUGUUGUAAGACAUUUCUUUUGACCGUGAAACACCUUGGUUUGCAAGAAUUCAUUAUUUUAAACCUUGUGAUGAUUGGACUGGUGAGCAGGUUAUGGGUUCUCUAUAAAGGUGUUUUAAAAAGGCUGAUUUUUUUAUAUGAACCAUUGUUUGGAUUGCUACAGGAAGUCGCCAAGAUUCAACCAAUGCCUUACUUUAAAGAUUUUACCUUUCCUUCUGAUAUCGCUGAGUUUUUAGGACAGCCAUAUUUUGAGGUCUUUAAGAAACAAACGCAUCCACCUUUUGCAGCAAAAGGAGUAACUAGAUUGCUGAAUAAGCUGUUUUUACCAAAAGAACAAUCACCAUUGUCCAGCAAAGAAGCCUUACUUAGAAUUACCAAAACAUUUACACAGAUGAAGACUGGUACAGAGAAUAAUGUGGAUCUUGGACAGCUAGUAAAGAGUAGGAAAGACUUCAAAGAAAAGUCAUCAGAAUUUGAUGUGAGAGCUUUCUGCAAACAGCUGAAAUACAAAACUACUCAGGAGACCAACUUUGUGGUGAAAUGUUCUCAGUCCAAAAUAAAGGCAACCAAGUGCUCUUCUCAGAAAGUGGUAACCUGUGCCAAAAGUCUGGUGCAAAGAUUCCGAGAGGCUGAGACUUUCGUACAACUUUCGGAAGAAAUCCAAAAAGCAAUUGUAUGGUGCAGGAGGAAAAAACUCAAAGCUCAGACCACUUUUCUGAGUAACAAACUUCUUAAAAGUAAUCGGCUUAAACAUGUGGUGGAAGUUCAAGGUUAUAGCUUGUCAAAGAAAUUGGAGUGCAUAAAAACAUCUAUUUGCAACUGCCUUCUUCGUGGUUCAGGUAACAAAACUUCAAAGCAUCAUCUGAGAAGAAGCUCACAGAAUACGUUUUUACGGCGAUGGAGGAAACCACAGAAAAAGCUGCAGUCAACCCUUUUAAAGGAAAUCCAGCAGUUCCCUCAAGAGAUUCAAAAGGGUGCUAUAGAUACCAGUGCUGAGCGAAGACUCUCACACUGCACCGUUCACAGAACUGAUGGCUACCCUCACAGCAAGGAGCUCUCAGGUAGCAGAGCUUCAAAUCGUGCCACACAAACUAAAGGAAAAAAAAACCAGGAAGGUCUUACAGAAAGCUAUGAGGAUGAAGUGGGUUCCUGGACAGUGGCUGAGAUGAAUAAACAUAAUGCAUCAGGAACCAUUAAGGGGACAGAUGACAUUGAUGACAUUUUUGCUUUAAUGGGAGUUUAG